AAAAAAAACAAUUCAAUCAAAGUCUUUGCUGACACCCGUUUCGUUACAAAAAUGAUCUACGGCUACCAAGUAGACCAAAACGUAGACGAGGCGGUCGAGGAGGUCCCCAGGACCGAAAAGGAGUUUUUCAAUGCGAAAACUUUCCUGCAAACCGCUAGCGGUAACACCGGAGACAACCUCUACGACCACCUCACCGAAGUCCUCAACAAGAUCUUGGCGGAACGUCCUGAGAACGUCAUCGACUUCUUCGAGGAGUACAGCAGGAAGGUCAAAGAGCAACGCUACCGCCCUCUCACGGACCAUUUGGAGGACAUCUACAUCACCCCGGGGAGUUUCCAGUUAGCGUCCGAGAUGGUGCAAGCAUUCAAACCCCUUGCAGACAAACCGCCGUCGACUGUAGACCCCGAGGACCUGGAACUGGCCGACAUGUCCAAGAACAACAUGCUCGAAAUGCUUUACUACUUGGAGCAAGCGGGACUUGGAUUGCCACGGCAAGAAAUGGUUUUCCUCAUGCUCUCCAUGAGGAGGUUAACCAACGAGAGACCUAUAGCUUCCCUAAAGUUCUGGGGCAAAAUCUUCGGGAGUUUCCAUAAUUAUUUGAUCAUAGAAACCGAGCUGAAGGAGGAAGAGUAUAUAAGGCGUAACGAGAAGUACGCCGAGGAUGUCUUACCUCAAGAAACCGGCGACGAAGCACCCCCGGGGGCUGUAGACCUGGAAAAAGCCCUAGAGACAAUAUCGCAGGGGCAAGAGGUGAUGGCGGGCGAAGGGACGAAGGUGCCAAGAAAACUACCACCAGAACCCCGUAUCCUGUAUGAGGAACCCAAAGAGCCCCCCACCGAAAUGUCCGGCAUAGGGGUUAAUAAGAAGGUUUACUUCGUUUCGACGGGGGUGGGUAGUCCGUGGGUGGAACUGCCCGAUGUUACCCCAAAACAGAUAAGGGUGGCCAAGCAAAUUUAUAAAUCGUUCACUGGGAACCUGGAUGCGCCCAUACGGACUUAUCCGGAGUUCCCUGGAAGCGAGCGGGAGUACCUUAGGGCCCAGAUUGCCAGGAUAAGUUCGGGUACUCAUAUCGCCCCCUUGGGGUACUACACCUUUGGGGGUGCGGAGGAACUUGGCGAGGGGGCUGAAGAAGAGGAGCUAGGUGAAGAACAACCCGGAGGCGAAAGCAAAACCUCCUUCUCCCUCAACACCCGAUACGAACCUCCGGCCCUCAAAGACCUCACCGACUCCUCGAUGUCCUUCUGGGUGCACACUGCGCCCUACAUCUUACCGCAAGGAAGAGUCUCUUGGUGGAACCCUGGCCCUGAAACGGCCGACGUCGAAGAACUGGGCGAGGAACUGGGCGAAGAAGAAGAAGAAGACGAGGAGGAUGACAAGGAUAAAGCGCCUAGGGUCGAACCGGAGCGAGGACCACCCCUGCUCACCCCCUUAUCAGAAGACGCCUCCCUGGAAACCAUUAACCCUUGGACAGCUAGGGCAACCUCCAAGGUCCUUAACAUGUAUUCCAUAGCAGUAGUGAGGUCCAACUUAUGGCCGGGGGGUUACGCCAUCACCACCCCUACGAGGCACUUUUACAACGUGUAUUUAGGGUUUGGGCUGAAGUAUAUGCAGCACAACUUCUCCCCAAUGCCUCUGCCCCCGGUGCAGCAGGAAUAUGCGGUGGGUCCAGAAAUUUUGGAGGUAAUGGACCCUACCGGGCAAGAGGAGGAAAAAUGGCGCAUCGACCAUUUGCCUAAACCCAAAGAGGUGCCUGGGGAGGGUGCAGGUGAGGAGGCCGAACCCGAGCAAGAGGAAGCAGAAGAGGAAGAGGAGGAGGAGGAGGAGGAGGAAGACGACUAGAGGAGUUAUUGUUACAGUUACUUAAGUUAAUACAGUCUAAAAAGUC